AUGAGUGGUGCACAACAAUGUGAUGACAUUCCUGCAUUGCAGCCGACAAGGGGUGAUAGCAUACUGGUGGUGAUCAUUUUGAACAUUGUCAUUUGGCUUACUUUUGCUUUGCAUUAUAACCUCAUCCAAGACAUUCUCAUGGGAAAUGGUGCUGAGGAGGAAGAGGAAGAAAAUUCUCUCCUUGAGCCCCACGUGAAACCCUUUGUGGAAGUCCAUUUCCGCAAGAUCAUAGACCUUCCCAGACCUGACACACAUAAUGUUGUCCCAAACUCUGCACUCAUUGUCGCUCACACAGUAACCAAAUCCAACACCUCUCAGUACACGCUCAAUUCAUGGUCUUCCACCUACACUGAGGUCCAAACACUCCUCCAAGGGUGCAGAAUCGACCUCACACACAAGCAUUUCCUUAUCCUGCAGGGUGAAGUCGAGUCAAUUGCACAGAUGAAGCCCAAGGGCACUUCAGAGCAUGACAACAGGCUGCUUGAAUACCUCGAAGACAUUAUUGGCACUGCUGCGCUUGCUGAUGUAGAAUGGCUGGGAGAAGAGAGAGCCGAGAAGGUGGCUAGGUUUGAGGAUUGCGGAGAAGGAGAAGGCGAAGUUAGACAAGGAGAGAAAGGAGGUGCUAGCAUGGCUGAAGUUUGCGAAUGAGCAUGUGCGGGCUCUCAGCCAACUGUGGCAGUAUUAUCUGUGGAAGUGUUUGGAGAACAAUGAACAAUUUGCAACACAGAUUG